UGUAAGAAGAAACAUGUCCUUGAAUGUGAAGAGUUUAGUAGAACAGGAGAAUGUCGAAACAGGAGCACGUGUAAGUUAAUUCAUCGGAAGAAGGUACAGCAACAACGUAAAAGAUACUUCGAUGAAGGAUCUUCGCUAGAUGAAGAAGAUAACGCUGGUGUUGUGAAGAAAUCUCGAAGAAAAAGCAGCGAUGGCUUCCUGCCUCUGGAAGGUUGGUGGAUCUGCUAGCUCAUAUAAUUUUAUCUGCAUUUGACAACUCUGUCGGUUCUAAACUGUUCUCCCUUGAGCCGCAAGGCCGGAUUUUGCUGGAAAUAGUGGGGGAGAUGGACAAAAAUUUAGGGGAGGUGCAGCAGUCUAGCUCACGACCACCAUGGAAAGCUAGGGCUUAGAAUGGGCACAUAUAUGUAUCAGUGUGUUAAUGAAUUAUGACUGUACAACUCAUCCAAUUUUGCCCUCCAUUACAAUUACUACCAAGUAUUUUUCAAAACAUUGCAUCAAAACAUUACCCUCCGAAAACUUUUCCUGACAUAUACGAACCCUGUUCUUACAAACAACACCCUGACUAAUUAUAGUGCAUGUGCCCCCUCUACUUCUACGACCGGAUGCUCAAUUCCUGCGAUAUGAAGAUGACCCUUACUGCAUGACCCUCCAGGGAGAACAGUUCACAACAGAUGGAGUUAUCCGGCGUAAAUAUAGUCUUUAUGAGUUGAUCAUGUACCAAAUUUUUCCACAGUACUUCUAACUGGUUUGUUUAUAACCAUUUUAACUAUUUGAUAGUAUCUGAUUUCCAUUGCAUGUUUUUUUUUUCAUUCUUAGGCUCGAUUGUCUCUGAUGAUGAACAUUUGACACAAUCUCAUCACGCAGACGAAGAAACGGAAUCAAGUAAGGAGCACGAUAUUCUUGGUGCUUGCGUUGGCGUCGCCAUGGUUUAUUGACAAAGAAUUUUGCUUUGUUUGCAAUAUUCCAAAACUUGGCAACACUCUCUUUGUCAUUUAAGAUCGUUGAUAUUGGCUGCAACCAUUGACUGUAUCGCCUGCAGAUAUAGUCAGCCAACGCGUAUUAUUCUUCGCCACCAAAUUUCUUCAAAUAAAUAAUUUAAAUGCUUGGUUAUACUUUGUUCCAUUCUAUGAUAACAUUAUCAUAACAGUGCAUGGUAAUAACUACUAUAGCCAUGCGAGUUAUCACCAAAUCUAAAUUGUAUAAAAUACAAAACAACGGUAACUCCGAAAAAGAAAAUUGUUAAUAUAGCUUUCGACUAUGAUUACGUUUUAAAUAGUACGUAAUAUGACUAAAACAUGGUCGAAAGCUAGAACUAUAUUAAAAAUGUUCCUUUUCGAAGGUACCGUUGUUUUGUUUUUGUAAAAAUACUCAGUGACAGUGGUUUCCGUAAUUUCUAAAUUACAUGCCAACGGGAUUUAAGAUUUGUUGGGGGUAUAUUUGAAUAUUGAAAUUGGCUUAAUGCCCGAUUGAAGCUCUCUCAAUUGUAGAGACCUAUGACUAUGUUAUAUUUGACUAUUUCCUUGUUUUUUUUCCAGAUAUUUCUAUACGAAUUCGACCAAAUUUCACUACCAGAGAAAACACAGACGAAGAACAAUAA